CAAAGAGAGAGAGCCUGCAUACACGUACACGUACACCACAAUGCCUGCAUUAGAGGUCUUUUGUCGCAAGUGGAAGAUAGGCAGUGAUGACCUUGUCUUUCCUUACAUCGGCUCCAUUCUACUCAGAGUGUUUUGGUUUAUUCUCGUCGGAGGUGUUAUGCUGACGUAUGACAGCAGUUACAAAUGCCAUGAUGAUAAACUCCUGAAAGUUUACCUCUUUGUGCUGGCUUUUCUCCAUGUCAUAGCUGCUAUGGUGGAAGUCUCCAUUGUAUUUAUCAGUUCUAGUGGCACCAUUUCCAACUCCCAACCUCGUAAAAAGAUAAGCAUCCCAAUAUACAUCCUCACUGGAAUAGGCACAUUGGAAUUUGCAUGGGACAUUGUCGGAGUGCUUUGGGCGUUUGAUCCGACCAUUGACUGCCACAAAUCACACCAAGUUUUGUUGCUCACAAGAGGGGUACUGGUAUGGAACUUCAUUGGAUCAGUAACUGUUGGCUUAUACCUCAUUAUGAGGAUAGGUAUCUGUCGCGUUCCUUGCAGCUGCUGCUGUAAUCCCAAUAAGAAGCUUCGUUAUGAGAGACUGCAACCCGACACCACAUACGGAGGGCGUCGUCUCUCCCGUGCUAGCAGUGAGACCUUGGUCCACCACAAGAGACAGAGGAAUUGGCAAUGGAGGGUCCAGUGCAUGUUCUGUUGCCUCAAACUGAGAGAUGGUCAAAAGACAGCCUUUGCUGAUGUCGCCGCCACACUGGCUGAUGCAUUCAACCAGUUCAGAGGUUACGUGCCCUCGGAUAUUGCCGCUGGGCUUGCCCUCUAUGCUUUUCAUCGCAAAAUUGUGUAUAGCUCUAAUAUUGAGCUAAGGAAGCCUCUGGACUUUGGCAAUGAUCUUGUCUCCAAGCAUUUCAAUCGAGCAGUCUACUAUAUGAAGUUUGCAGCAGCUGCUUACGGCAAUGCUGCCUAUCUCCACCACAAUGGCAUACUGUUUGGUUCUCUUAAACUCACCAAAUGUUGCUUACGUUGCUUUACCUGCUGCUGCAGUAAGAAAGAAAGUGAUAAAAAAGGUAAUGGAAAUGGGUUUAACGUAAAGGCUGGUUGCUGUGGGUGUGAACUGGUUGCUCUCAAGAAGACAGCAGAACUGGCUGAUGAAGACAUUGUGCAUGUCUCAAACAAGAGUGGGGUGUUCUGUCCUGCUUUCUUUGUGGCUAUUGAUCACAAAUACGAGGCUGUUGUCAUUUCAAUAAGGGGUACUCUCUCCAUUCAUGAUGUAUUGACUGAUCUGAGUUCAGAGCCUGACAUUGUUUCCACUUGUGAGGAUGGUGACGUAUAUGGACACAGGGGCAUGAUGGCCGGGGCACACGGAGUGCAGCUAAGACUGGAGAAAGAUGAGAUAUUAACAAAAGCUUUUAGAGCUUUCUCUCACUAUCGGCUGGUGAUUGUGGGUCACUCUCUAGGUGCUGGAGCUGCUGCCCUGCUGGCCAUAACCCUCAAACCAAAGUACCCCAGACUUCAGUGUUUUGCUUACUCCCCUCCUGGCUGUAUUAUUAACCGUGACUCUAUUCCCUACACAAGAGGGUUCAUAACCAGUGUAGUUCUGGGCAGUGAUAUUGUACCAAGAUUACGACCUGAGAGUUUUGAUGCACUUAGCGCCCAUGUCCUGGACUUGCUUCAGAACUGCAAAGUUCCCAAGUAUCGCAUAUUCAUCGACUCUUUCUUCUACUGGUUGGGAUGCUGUCGCCCGUGUUUGCUCAGAAAGAAACGAAUGCUCUCAAACACUGAGCUGGCCUUCCAAAAAGACCCUGACCUUAUCAACGACUUUGAUGCCACUUAUGAUGAGGACGAUAUCUAUGAUGUCGUUGCUGACAUGAAGCUGCUUCGUGCUAAGGAUAAGAUCACAGGCAAAGAGAGGCUGAGCUCUAGAGUCAAGAUGCCUCUGUACAUUCCUGGCAGAAUCUUACACAUCACAUGGGACACCCCUAUCAAACUGUGUUUUGGUUUGCUGUCGAAGGCACAGCUGCAAGCUCAUUGGACGGCACAGUCGGAAUUCUCAGAGCUCAUCCUGGAGAAAGACGUCAUCAAACAUCACCUCCCUUACACUCUGUUGGACGGUCUCCAGCAACUGCAGAAGCAAAAGAAGACACUUAAAACAGGACGUUGAGUUAGCUGUAGUCUACGUGUACAUGACCAGGAGUUCAUGCACUCCUGACAUGACUUGUAGUCGAUUUAUCCUCUUCACUUAUCAUCUUAUAUCAUCCUCUGCUAAAUGGUAUUCAUUACAAAAACGUAAAUUGA